AUGGCAAACUGCUUCAACCUGGAGUAUGCAUCCCUAGAUCACAGCAAAUGGAGGAACCUUCCUCCUCCUCCAGGAUUUUCAAACUUUGCUCCCAGCUCUAGAGCACCAGCCAAGGCUUCAACAGCAGCAUCGUCAUCGCCAUCAUCGUCAUAUGCAUCACUGAAAGACAAACGCGCUUGGGAUCUCGCCAUCUCGCCAGCCAAGUCUCUCCCUAUGCAAGCAUUCAUGUUGUACAUGUCCGGGGGAGGCGUACAAAUCUUCAGCAUGGGUAUCGUGUUCAUGCUUCUCCUCUCGCCGUUCAAAAAUAUUGCUGGCAUGAACGCAGCAUUCGCACCAUUUGCGCCGACAACUGCCAGUGUCAAGUCACUUAAGGUUCUUCCCCUCCAGAAGAUAGCAUAUAUCGCGUGCAACCUUUUGACACUUGCAGUUGGCCUCUGGAAGUGUCGUUCUAUGGGUCUUCUACCAACUGGAACGGGAGAUUGGCUUGCAUUCGAGAGUCGAGGGAUGGCACCUGAACUGUCGCUGCUAUAA